AUGGGCAUCACUAUCAUCGCCAAGUUCACCCCUAAGCCUGGAAAGGAGAACGAGCUCCGUGACGCUCUUGCGGAGGCGGCGCCGAUCUACCGCAAGGACCCCGGCACGCUUGGCUGGCACGUUCUCUCGGGCAAGAAGGAUGCGAAGGGAUCCUUCGUAGCCGUCGAGCGCUACGAGAACGCCCAGGCGAUCCAGACCCACGCCGCGAACCCCGUGUUCGGAAAGAAGGUCCACCCUCUCUGCGCCAAGCAGACCGAGCUCACGUUCUACGACGAGAUUGAGGACAAGGCUAAGCUUUGA